CGACAACGACAAUUUACAUCGUCCAAACCACCACAUCUUUCCGAGGUAUGUGGACCUUCAUGCGCUCUUCAGCUGGCCUUGGAUGAGCAAUCCGAUUGUCCGUCUGGAUUGUAACAUUUCCGGAUGGCGCACUCAGGAUACGCUCAUCUUUUGCGACACGAGCUGAAGAACCCUUGAAUGGGCACUCUUCCUGCUCGAGGCUUCUGAAGACUAACAUAUUUCUCGACAGACACCUCAAGUCCUUGUUCUUCCUGACUUGAGAAUCUCACUACAUACCGCCAAAAUGGUCAAGACCUCCGUUCUCAACGACGCUCUCAAGAGCAUCAACAACGCCGAAAAGGCUGGCAAGCGUCAAGUCCUGAUCCGACCUAGCUCCAAGGUCAUCAUCAAGUUCUUGUCUGUCAUGCAGAAGCAUGGUUACAUCGGCGAAUUCGAGGAGGUCGAUGACCACCGCAACGGCAAGAUUGUCAUCCAGCUCAACGGCCGUCUGAACAAAACCGGCGUCAUCUCGCCCCGCUACAACGUUCAGCUCCGAGACCUCGAGAAGUGGGUUGUCAAGUUGUUGCCAUCUCGUCAAUUCGGAUACAUCGUCCUGACCACCAGUGCUGGUAUCAUGGACCACGAGGAGGCCAGAAGAAAGCACGUCGCUGGAAAGGUUAUUGGCUUCUUCUACUAGACAUUGCGUAUUCUGAUGUUUUCUGACGAUGACAUGAGCGUGGGAAUGAUCUCGAAAAGUUCUCUCGAAUUUUCCAGCUUGUCAUAGACACUGGACAAGAAAUCACAUAGACCUUGAGGCAGUGACUGUCAAUUCAAUAAAAGCAAUCAUCUGCCAGAAAACAGCAAUGUAGAGACUUGUAUGCUUGUAUUAUUUG